AUGCAGAUCGACCCGGACACACACCAGAUGAUGCUGCAGCUGCUGCAGGGCCGCAGCAGCCAAGAGGUCCUUCGGCUCCUGAAGACCUCAGUCGAGCAGGAAAUCUUGGUGCAGUUGCGCAUUCUGAUGCACGACCUCUGCUGCGUCCUCAAGAUCGACCUCGAUACUCCUGCCAACGACUGCCUGGCCAUCAGUUCCGCUGCACAUGUAACUGAUACUCUGAAAGAGGCUGUUUCAAAAGAGAACUCCACAGGCGCUGGUUUUGAGAAGGCUUCCACAUGUUCCCAUGUCCUUCUCAUGCGGUGGUAUUUGGAUGAUGACAACGCCAUCAACCUCGCCAAGCUCGACUCCUUCACGACCAAGAUUGCUCCAAGGCUUGCAAUGGAGGCUUUGAGAAAGAAGCUGGAAAUUCGACGCCAAAAGCGGCAGGGGAAGCCGACCGACAAGCAGCUCAAGGUGGCACAUGCUUUGUCCUUUCAGGGGAAGGGGUCAGGAGAUGUUUCCGCCUACGCCUAUAGAAUCUUGCAUCAAGUUCCUUCGUCUGUGAUGGCCAGCUGUGGCACUGCCUGCAAGGCGGCACGCUGGUUUGCAGAUCUUCGGCACAUCGAGACACAGGCGCUGACACCUCCGCCGUGGUUGAUCCAGUCUCCCAGCACCAGCUUGGAGCAUCGCGAUGGCAACAUAUUUCUAGAAGGCCGCCAAGACUGGAGUGGAAGAAGUGUUCCACCAGAGGGCGGCUACAGUCCAGGUCUCACCCCGUUUUACUUAUCUUAUGACCGCUUCUUUGGGCCCUGCAAGUUAGAUCCCGGCACCCUUAUCCAUAAACACCAUGGACAAAGUUGCUUACGGACGGUGCUCCGAGAGAUUCAUCGGACCUUGCUUGACUCGCCAGCGAAGUCCAGCUUCAAAAUAGUCUGGAUGGUAGGAGUGGACUCGGAUUUUGUGUGCAGUUCAGGUCAUCUCAGGGGUGCAGUCGGUUUUCUGGCCUGA